AGCACUUUCCUUGGAAAUGUCCUUUUCAUUUUCGAAGUUUCCUCCAAUUCUCUCGCAAUUUCCCCGUCUUUUUGACCCGCCAGUCUCGACCGGCGACCGCCACAGACGAACGCCGGCAACCGUUGAGACAGCGCACUCGGUGAGUCUGGCAAGACUCAAAUCGCUAGCGGUGUUUUCCGCUGUCGCAUUUCUGUCUCUUCUCUCUUUUUGGCAAGAAGUGCCUGUCUCCCUUCGACAAAAGCGCGAGUUCAACGCCGCAUUUCUUGAGGCGUCGUUCCGUGCUGUGCCUGCUGCGCAGAGAUAGACCUGCCUGUAGACCCGAAACCGCACUGCGAGCUCGCGAGCGCGCUCGACCGGCUUUUACCAGUUUUUCGUCUUUGCUUUUCUCUGGAGCGCAGCUGCUCCUCUCCUUCCGCCCGCGAGUCUGUCUGUCCAUGUGGAAGGCGUUGCCACCUGAGGCCAGAAGCAGAGACUUCCGCGCUCUCGCUAGAGCAGAUGCACCGACGGGGAAAUGGCGCGUGUGGCUCGUGUGCAGGAAGCUGUACGUACACCCCAAGUCUUGCGACCUACCGGACCGGCGAGAAAGGGAGACUUGCAGAUGGAGAUCGACGCGCUUCGUGACUAGACUCAACAGGAUUUGUCGGAAGGGACUUUCAUCACCGAUCUUUGUUUCUUUGUCGGUGCCCAGCCGAGCUGCCGCCGUCUCUCUAAGGAACGUUCCAGAAGAGGUUCACAGACGCGUUUGAGAACAGACGUUCUCCAACCUAGAGUGUCCAGACCGUGGUUUCUGUGCAUGCAUCAAUCGUCGCCGAUCCCAACCUGCUCUCCAGUUUGUUUUGUGCCCGCUUUCCUUCCCCAUGGCGUCUCUUCGCUCUCUCUUCUGUCGCUUUAGGCCCUGGCGCGUCUCCUUGGCUCUUGUCUCUGGGAACGCCUUGCCGUUCUCCGCGACCUGCGUUUCGACUUCUUCCUAUUCUCUGUCUCCGUUCUCCUCCACGUUGCCACGCGCGUUCUUCUUCACCUCUCGUGGUGCUUCCCAAGUGUCUUUUCCACCGCACUCUCUGUCCUUUUUCUCGCUGCCCUCAACUCCUGCUGCCUUCGUUUCGUCUGUCUCCAUUUCUGUCUGUUCUCCUUCUACCUCUUCUUCCCUUUCAUCUCAACAGCCUUUCCGUACCCAGUCCUUUUUUUUCGCUUCCGUUCCACGCCCUUGCUCUCUGCCUUCUGUCUCCUCUUCUGCUCUUCUCUCCGCUGCCCCUUCCCUCGCUUCUUCCUCACAUCCUUUCUCUGCGUCUUCUUUGGCGUCGCGCGUUUUCUCCUCUUCCCGAGAGCGCAUGCGGUACGACGUGGUGGUCGUCGGAGGCGGCCCUGCAGGUCUCGCGGCGGCAAUUCGCGUGAAGCAGCUUUGCGAGACGGCAAACGCGUCUUUGUCUGUCUGCGUGAUUGACAAGGGAGGUGACAUUGGGUCGCACAUUCUCUCUGGGAACGUUUUCGAGCCUCGCGCUCUGGAUGAACUCUUCCCUGCCUGGAAGACGAACCUGUCGCCUUCUACUGUCUCCUUCUCUCCCGCAGCCGAGGAGGCUGGAGGCGUAGCUGCCGCCGCGGUCUUCCUGCAGCAGGGCCUGGAGAAGCUGAGGGCGCUGUGGGGCGAGCUGCACACGCGUGACGCGAAGCGGGAGAGAAGGCAGGGGACAGAGGACAGGGCCGCCGACGCAGGCAGAGAAACAGAAGAGAAGAGAGACGCGGAGGGUGCCCGAGCCGCAGACAAGACAGACAGAGUCGACAGAGGGGUCGGGUCGGUCUCUGAGCAUCCCCCGCAGGAUGGAGAUGCAACUGAGAAGAAGUCGGGAAGUCGGAGACGGAACAGAGACGAAGACGCAGCGGAAAUUGUCGACAACGUUUUGCAGUCGCUGAGAGACAAGCACCUCGACGAGACGGCAGUCACGGCCUCCGCCUCAGCUGCAGAACAGGGAAUCCACGAAGCGGAAGACAGAUGCCGCAACGCCGGCCCAACUGCCGCACAGGCUGUACGUACAGCCGGCGGCCCGCCAGUUCGGACGCUCGCGACGGAGGACGAAGUCCUCGUGUUUCUCAGCGGAGCAAAGGCGCUCUCCCUCCCCGCCUGGAUCCUGCCUGCAGAACUGAAGAACAAAGGAAAAAACUACGUUAUCAGUCUGGGACAGCUCGCCCAGUGGCUUGCCGCAGUCGCCGAAGAACACUACGGAGUCGAAAUCUACUCAGGCUUUGCAGGAGCAGAUUUGCUUGUCAAGACUUCACCUCAUUCGGACCCACUCCCGUUGUCUGCUUUUCGCGUCGACGUCUCUUCUCUCCUAGCGGAAUCUUCUUCCCAUCAUUCUCCUGCCUCUUCAUCAUCUUCGUCUUCUCCAUCUGUUGAGUCGUGUCUGUCUUCUUCCUCGACUGCGUUUGCGCUUCGACCCGCAGACGGGCGACCGUACGUCUGCGGUGUACGUACAGCCGACAUGGGGGUGAAGAAAGACGGAACACGGGGAUCCGCUUUCGUCCCUGGCGUAGACCUACUCGCGCGACAAGUUAUAUUAGCUGAAGGCUGUCGAGGCUCACUUGCCGAGCUGGCGACUGAGGCCUUCGAUCUACGGGGGGAUUUUCAGAAACAGCGAAACGCUGUAGGACAGAAGAGAGUCGAGGCCGAAAAAGAAAAGAAGAGUACUCAAGUGGAGAAGCCGCUUCUGCCCUGUCCUCCGCAGUAUGGACUAGGCCUGAAGGAAAUCUGGGAAGUGAAGGGAGAAAACUAUUGCAAGGGGAAAGUCGUGCAUGCAAUGGGGUGGCCACUGGGCCUGAGAAACUACGGCGGAGGCUUCCUCUACCACGCAGGCGAGCCCAAUCGCAUCCUCGUUGGGUUCGUCAUCGGUCUGGACUACAAAAAUCCUUAUAUAAACCCCUACGAGGAAUUCCAGAGAUGGAAGAAACAUCCGCGAAUCGCCUCAGUCCUCACAGGUGGACGCUGUGUGGCUUACGGCGCGAAGUGUCUCAGCGAAGGCGGUUUCCAAGCUAUUCCUAAACUCACGUUUCCUGGAGGUCUCCUCGUCGGUGACUGCGCCGGUUUUCUGAACUCCGUCAAACUGAAGGGUACGCACCUGGCGAUGAAGAGUGGGAUGGUCGCCGCUGAAGCUGUCGUAGAUGCCCUUCUUCCCUCUUAUCCGUCGUCUUCUUCUCCUCCUUCUCCGUCUUCUCCUUCUCCCUCUACCUCGUCGGCCUUCUUGGAUGGAGCUGAGGAGAAAGGGGAGGAGGCGAGAGAGAGAGAGGGGAGAGACGAGAGAGAAGCAGAAGGAUUGGAAGUGGAGGAGUAUGAGCGUCGUUUGCGGCGCUCCUGGGCUGUCGAGGAACUGUUCCGGAUCCGGAACGUGAAGCCAAGCUUCAGGUGGGGUUUGCUCUCUGGCCUCGUAGGGACGUUCUUGCAUGCGCGACUGACGAAGGGAAGAGAGCCCUGGACUCUUCGUUGGAACAGACACGACAGAGAACAGACUGAGGAAGCUUCGCAACACAAACCGAUCUUUUAUCCUCCUCACGACGGCUCUCUCACGUUCGACAUCCUCGACAAUCUCGCCCGGAGCGGCACCACGCAUGAUCACGACCAGCCUUCGCAUCUCGUGAUUCGUCACGGCAAAGAGCGCGUCCCCGUCGAUGUGUCACUGCGUCGCUUCGCGGGGCCUGAGAGCCGCUUCUGUCCAGCCAAGGUCUAUGAGUUCGUCGAGACGGAGGAGGACGAGACAACAAGCUCUCAGCUGCCAGAGACGGCGACGGGAGCAGGGAGCAGCAAAGCCAGCGAUGGAGGUGGAAGAGGGAAAAGGAAGGAAAGAGGAACGUCGACGAUGAGACUUCAAAUUAAUGCACAGAACUGUCUUCAUUGCAAAUGCUGUGCAAUUAAAACAACUGAAAACUUCAUCGAAUGGCGUGUUCCCGAGGGAGGGGGAGGGCCGCGCUACUCCGGUAUGUGAGAUCUGCGGGACUGCAGGGCGCAGACCGUUUUGCCCAAAGUUUUAUUUCUGUCUACGUGUAGUCGUUUGUCCAUUUUUCGAGGCUCGACAGAGAAUCAAACGGCCGUCUGGGAAGGCCUCGCACCAUCGUGUGUCCUAGAUUGACUGCAGGUGUGACGGGAGAAACUCGUCGUUGUCACUACAUUUGAAUAUGUAUUCAUACGUCUUUGUAAAUUCGAAUCAUUCGUUGUUGUGGGAAUCUGAAGAAGAGUUCGUUCAGGGGAACUUUGCAACCCCUUUUGACUGUAGACAGAAAAGUCGAAGACAGAGGACCAAUCGCGUGCUGAGGGAGGUGCAAUCCGAAGGUCGCCUGUGUCGACGAUAGUAGGUUGGCAUCUGCCCAGGUGCAUGUGGACACAAGAACAGGCGCCGUACGGAGCGCAUGAGGGAGCUACUUUCAUAAUCCAGUUUUCCUCGUGAAGAGGACGUGCGACGGAGGCAACGAUGCCGAGAUCAGAAACGAAAACUGUGCGCUUCUGCCGCUUUCCUCGUUGUCGCUUUCAGUCUCUUGCUUGGCGGUCGCAUGCUCCCGCGAAGAAAACGAAAUCUGAGAAGACAGGACUUUCUUGUCAUCUUUAUGCCUGAACGAUUCGAGUUCAACUCGACUUGUGUUCAACUUGUUAAGUAGACGUGAACAGAAAAA